AUGGCUGCGGUAGCCAGCUCAAGCAGGGCUUCGCCGCCGGAUAGAUCGCAGCAACAGCAUAGGCCGACCAACCCAAGAACACUAGGAGACAUCAUUACCGAACCACUCUCAGUCGCCGCUUCCACAAGCAGCGAUAAGCCAUUGCAAGCACUGCACGCCCAGAACCUCGCCCAAUUCUCACUUCACACACAAGAGGUCCAAACUCACUUUCUGAAUCAAGCGCCCAAAUUUGUAGAGCUGCACAAUACGCUCUCAACCAGCUUGUCGCAGCUGGAAAACUUGAGCAGCUUCUUGUCCACCUUUAGCGCUGAUCUUGGCGCUGUGUCAUCGCACAUCAGCACGCUCCAAGCUAGAAGUCAAGAGCUAGAACGGAGACUCGUAGCAAGACGCAAGCUGGAAUUGCCGCUCAACGACCUGGUGCAGAGCAUCAGCAUCAGUCCGGAGACGCUCAAGCACAUUCUCGACGAGGAGCCAAACAAGGAUUGGCAAGGCUACCUUGCGGAGGUGGAAAAGGUGCUUGAUGCUUCCAGCUCAGCGGCUGCGGCCAGCUUGCUGAGCAAGAAAGAGAGCACCACUUCAACUCAAGGAAAUAUCGUCUCGGAUGGAGAGGCAUUGGAGGAAGUGAGAAAGAUAGCGGAAGGCGCAAAAAUGGUUGUGAGUAAAGGGCAGCGAUCGGUGUAGCAUGCCGGCGCUUUCACGAGCUGACGACCGGCCCUUUGGGAGGUUUGCAGGCCGCUGCCAAGCUGCGGGCUUCACUUCUAGCGCCGCUACAACCCAUCAAACGCAGCUUGACUGCGAAUCUCACCCUCCUGCAAUCUCUUCUGCUGAGAUCGCACAGAGGUCUGUACGGCUUUCUAGCUCGUCAAAUGCCUCGAGUCGCUAUCGACGUGCAGCGCGAAUACGUCGGUCUUGCCAGGCUUUACUACGAGACGGGAUUUAGAAGGUACGAGCGGGCGCUUAAGUAUGCGAGAGAGAAAGCGAGGAGAAGAGAGUCUCGAGCAGCUGUUCUGAUUGCAGAAGUGAUGCCUCCUGGUGAGUGCGAGUAGCACCGCGGGCUCUAUCAGUGAAGUGAUCACAUGAGACUCAUCGAUUUUCGCUUUCCGCUCGGGGUGCAGGAGCCACUGGCGCUGGACCUGAUGCUGAAGGAGACACAUGGCUUCUAGAUACUUUGCGACUGGAACAUGCAAAGAUGGCCGAUGGACCCCCAGUGUGCUUGGCAUACCAGGCGGAGGACCCCGCAAUGGUAAGCGACGGAAGGACACCGUUGCUGUGCACCUCUUCUGACAAAGCGUACGCCAUCUGGUCGUCUUCAGCGGCAUCCCAUCGAGUCCCUCUUUCGCAGCCUCUCUCUGGUCAUGCUAGACAAUGCGUCAGCGGAGUAUUGUUUCAUCGCGCGCUUCUUUGAAGACUUGGAAUCGAUGCCAGUCAAGCCGUCAAAGACGCUUGAGGAUCUUUCAGACGACGGGCCAGAGCCCGAGGAAAGCGCCAGUGCAGCAGGCGACGCUGAGGAAGCUUCGGAAACAGCCAAGGCGAGCAUUGUCGAUGGUGGAGGCACAAUGCGGGAGGAAGCGCAUGGCGAUGUUACGCACUUGUCCAAAAGGGAGCAGCAAGCGAUGCAGGGAAGAGCGGCAGGUGCUGAUGAAUUGUGGCGACAGGUAAUGGAGCCCGUAUUGGGGCACUGGACGGUGAGAGACAAGAUGAGCUGCUACUUUGCGACGCUCCCACUUGGACUGACGCCAUCUAUCUGACCUCGUCAAUUCCCAGGCAUUCGUCAAGUCACUUCUUGCGCCUUCCCCCCCUUCAAUGCUCAGCCUCCUCACCGUUUUACAGCACCUGGAAGGACUGUUGAGCGAGAGCACCGCGCGUGGUGUCUCUCGCGUUCUGCAGCCGACGUUGAUGAACUUCAAGAUGGAGGCGUAUCCCAUUCUCCAGCGUCAGUGGGAUGAACACAUCGCUAGUAUCAAGAAAUUUGCGGACAGUGGGACGCCACAGUCUGCUGGAGGUCUCACUUCCGCCAACGUAGGCACAGAAACCAUCGCUGCUGGAUUUGGAAGCUUCGUCAGGGCAGCUGCGAACACUGUCUCCAAUCCUUUCGGUUCCCAAAGUCCGCGCGUCACAGACCAGCAUGUCGUUACGGUGAGUAGCACCCCGCAGCUGGGGUAGCCAGCUUGCAGUCUAUCUGACGCUUUAUACGUGGUGCCGUACAUGUAGGUCUCGUACAGAUACGGUCGCCUAUAUUCGAGCGUGGUGUCGCUGACGAUGUCGCAAGAGUUCCCGGAUGCGGCAUCAAGCAAUCCAGCGCUGUUCUCGUCACUGCUGCGCUUGCGAGCAGAGGUGGAAAGACUGAUCGAGAAGCAGGUGGAGAGAAUCUCUAAGAGGAAAGCGUCUGGAACGGCAGAUGAUGCUUCAGGUCCCAAUGCCGCUGGCUUGUUGGCGAUGAGCAGCGUGACUGCCGUCAAGCGGGCUCUCGAGGUGCGUACUCUGGAGAGCAGCAGCUCGAGGCGUUGUCAUUCGCAGCGUUUGUCCUCCCGAAACUCAUCAUCGUUGCGUCUGUCAUGCGCGUUCCGCCUCUCAGAAUGGACCAGCAGCCCUCUCACAUCCGCGGUUGCAGACUGAAAUGUCGCAUUGGUCGGAGACGGAGAGGAGCAGGAGAUUGGGUUGA